AUGGGUGUACUUUCCCCGGAAAACUCUCAGCCCGUGUCUGAAAUUACGUUUCACGUUUACAAAGCCGGCAUUCGGGUGGGGCGGUGCAGGCUAAGGGUCCGUCCUGCACAGGGGCGAAGGAGCGGUUCGCUCCCGUCGCGGGACCGCAGCUGCCGGCGGCGGAGAACGGACGCCUCGCUCGCAGCCCGGGACUACAACUCCCGGCGGGCACUGCCGGCGGCGCAGCGAUCGACGCAGAGACCGGCGAGGUGUAUGAGUGGUUGUGGGGCCGGGGCGGACGCGCGGGGCCGUGCGCCGGGGUAGCGGGAUGUGCGCGCGGAGCGCCCGGCGCCUCUGCCGCGUGGGACGGAGCCGCGGGAGCGACGCUGGAGGGGUGAAGCCUCCGUCUGGCCGCCCGCAUGGAGCUGAGCAGCGCGGAAGGGGCGUCUCGGUUCCUCGGCCUCACUCAGCGCUCUGUCUCUGAAGAUCUGGGUUGCAGACGUGGAGAGUUUAGCAGAAAACAUUAUGGAUCUGUGGAGCUCCUUAUAUCCAGUGAUGCUGACGGAGCCAUUCAAAGAGCUGGACGGUUCCGUGUGGAAAAUGGCUCCUCUGGCGAGAAUACGGACUACGCUCCGGCUACGUGGCACAGAACGGAUGUGCAUUUGGAAAACCCAGAGCAUCAUACAAGAUGGUACUUGAAAUAUUUCUUAGGGAAAGUUCAUCAGAAUUAUAUAGGUACAGAUGCAGAGAGGAACCCUUUCUUUCUGUCUGUUGUACUGUCUGACCAAAAUAACAAGCGCAUUCCUCAAUACCAUUCAAUACUUUGGAGAAAAACGGGUACUCAGAAAAUAUGUCUCCCUUACAGUCCCACAAAAACAUUAUCAGUGAAAUCUAUAUUAAGUGCUAUGAGUCUUGAAAAAUUUGAGAAGAGCCCGAGGGAAAUUUUUCAUCCCGAGAUACAGAAGGACUUAUUGGUUCUUGAGGAGCAAGAGGGAUCUGUGAAUUUUAAAUUUGGAGUCCUUUAUGCUAAGGAUGGUCAGCUUACAGAUGAUGAAAUGUUCAGUAACGAAACUGGAAGUGAAAGCUUUCAACGAUUUUUGCAUCUCUUGGGUGACAAAAUUACUUUAAAAGGCUGGUCUGGCUACAGAGGAGGACUGGACACUAAAAAUGAUACAACAGGAACCCAUUCCAUCUAUACAGUUUUUCAAGGGCAUGAAAUUAUGUUCCAUGUUUCAACCAUGCUGCCAUAUUCUAGGGAGAACAAGCAGCAGGUAGAAAGGAAGCGCCAUAUUGGAAAUGACAUUGUCACUAUCGUAUUUCAAGAAGGUGAAGAGUCUUCUUCAGCAUUCAAGCCAUCCAUGAUUCGCUCUCAUUUCACACAUAUUUUUGCUUUAGUGAGAUAUAAUAAGCAGAAUGAUUGUUACAGGCUGAAAAUAUUUUCAGAAGAAAGUGUUCCUCUCUUUGGGCCUCCGCUUCCCUCCCCACCUGUGUUUACAAACCACCAAGAGUUCAGGAAUUUUGUGUUGGUGAAACUAAUAAAUGGUGAAAAAGCCACCUUGGAAACACCAACAUUUUCUCAGAAACGUCAGCGCACUCUAGACAUGCUGAUCCGCUCUUUAUACCAAGACAUGACGCCUGAUCUACACAAGGUAAAUAACAUGCUCAAUAGAAGGUCCUUCAGUGAUGUGUUACCAGAGUCCCCAAAAUCAACACGGAAAAAAGAGGAAGCUCGACAAGCAGAAUUUGUUCGGCUCGGUCAGGCAUUGAAAUUGAAAACCACUGUGAAAGGGGAUACCACAGCUAACUUGGCAACCACAGGCUUUUGUAAAAAGGAGCCUUGGGAAUCUCAGUCUUUCUGCAGUAAUUUUCCUCAUGAGGUUGUCUGUGCAGAUUCUUGGGGCCAGUCCUUGCUGGUUUCUACAGAUGUUGGCAUCUUGUUAAUAGAUGAGGGUCAACCAUCAGUGCAAGUAUUUGAUAAAACUCUCCAAAUAAAGCAGAUGCAUGUGUUGGAAACUCUUGAUCUUUUGAUUGCCCGAACAGACAAAGGGAAAGACUCUCGUCUUCUUGUCUUCAGACUCAGUGCUGUCCAAAAAGAUAUAGAGACAAAACAAAUGAUAAGAAGCAAAUACGACUGCAGAGAAAAUAAACUGGAGAGAACAAAAGGUUGCCAUUUGUAUGCCAUUAAUACUCACCAUGGAAGUGAACUGAGGAUUGUUGUGGCUAUUCGGAACAAACUACUUCUCGUCACAAAGAAAUAUAAUCCACACAGCACUUUAAGCAGCACGUCCCUGCUAUCGUCUCCUGAAUCUCCUGUAGAGGAGUUCCAGUACAUCCGGGAAAUAUGCCUUUCUGACCCUCCAGUGGUUAUGACGCUGGUGGACGGACCUACUGGAGACAGUGACAAUAUGAUCUGUGUAGCAUAUCGGCAUCAGUUUGAUUUAGUUAAUGAGAGUACGGGAGAGUCCUAUAGACUGCAUCACAUUGAAACAAACAGGGUUAAUUUUGUAGCAGCUAUUGAUGUAUAUGAAGAUGGUGAAGCUGGUCUGCUGUUGUGUUAUAACUAUGUUUGUCAAUACAGAAAGGUGUAUCCUUUCAGUGGAGGUUCUCCACUGGUGCAGCCAUCAGCUUAUGACUUCCACUUCAGCUGGAAUCAAGUUCCUUAUGCUGUUGUCUGUGCUUUCCCGUACGUUCUCGCCUUCACUACUGAUUCCAUUGAGAUACGAUUAGUGGUGAAUGGGAACUUAGUCCACACAGCAGUUGUGCCUGAGCUUCAACUUGUAGCGUCAAGGUCAGAUAUUUAUUUUAAAGCUACUGCUGCAGUAAGUGGAUCAUCUGACAGCAGCUCGAAGGAAAUGAGUUCAAAGAGUUCUCCUCAAACACCGACAGCUUACGAAAAGCCAGAAUUUUCUCCUCCUUCUCUAGAAGGCGAAGUUCCAUGCAAAAACCUGUACAAAAUACCUCUCAGCAAUCUGGUGGGGCGAAGCAUUGAACGACCUCUGAAGUCACCUUUGGCUUCCAAGGUCAUCACUACUACAACAUCGAGUGGCAUUGCCUCUCUUCCAGUUAUGCACUCACUAUCCUUAUCUCGUGUAGAAAUGAAAGAAAUUGCAAGCAGAACACGUAAAGAAUUGCUGGGCCUCUUGGAUGAGCCUAUACCCAAGACAGAAAGUGCACAGAAGCUAAAAAAGGUUUCUCGAAGACAGUCAGACCCCAAGCAGGGAGCAGUAAGAUCAACUAGUAGUGACAGGAUAAUCUCAAGCUCUUUUGAAGGCUAUUCUGAAAGACAUCAAGUUUCCACUAGUUCCGAUCCUGAUACUUUAGCAAACAGGGAGGAGAGCUCACCAUCUAGCAAUCCAUUUCAGCUGAUUUCUUUAUAUGAUGAAGACAUCAUUGACUUGAAAUGAAAACACUUAAAACCUUUCUUCCUUACUCUACGUUUUCUUACAACCCUGUAAGCUCUAUGGCAAUGUCACGAACACUGCUUCUGGUGGUAAAAUGUGGCUGGAAAUACCAAUGAUAAAUCUUUAUAGAACGCAUGUUCUGGUUUGCACAGCCUGAUUUUGGUGAUGCUUAUAUCUUUGACAUAGGUGUGUUUCUUCAGUUAAUGAAGCAUUACUUUUUGUAGCAUUCUAAUGGUAGGUAAUCAGUGAGAGAUUUAGACUGAAACUGAAGCAAACAAGAUUUAUUACUUUUUCUAAGCUUCUUAUAAUUUGAUGUACCUAAAUACAGCGAAGUUGAUUGCUGUUAUUCCUGUCAUGAGCUGCUCUACAACAGUGUAUGUCAUGUGAGAAGAGGAAUUUUAUAACAUAGAUCACUGCUUUUGGUUUUUGUCUUUAAAAAAACAAAACUACGAGGCUUGUAGGUGAGGUCAUUUCAACAGGUCAUUUCAAGACAGUCCUUGAAAUGAUGCACCUGUGGUACAUUCACUAAGAAUCAGAUGAGAUAUGAAGAUGAUGCUUCCUUUGCUCCAUUUAGAGAAACUUGAAAACUCUUUUGGCAUAAAAGAUCCUUGAACAGAGAAACUUUCUAUAAUAAACACAAACUUUUAGAAUAUUUCUUUAGAAUUGGAAAUUAAGAAAAAAACCAACACCACAAGCAAAAAAUCCUCAAACAAAAACCCUGAUCCAUCUACUGGAAAAGUCUUACUGUUGUGCAUCUGCAGAGUUUUCCAUUACAGACAGAAGAGCCAACCCCAAUUGUCUUUGACUACUAAAAGAUCCAUAUUAUCAGCAUUAGCUGUUGUCUGUGCUUGCACCAACGUUGUAAGUCAUUACUCCAGAUAGCUGUAUUUUUCUGACUGUAUGCAGCCUAAAAUUUCAGUACUAAUAAGCUGGUUUUCUAUGAUGAAGUAGUCAUCUUGUCUCUUUCUGUGUUAAAGGUGAUGGGUUUAUAUUUAAAGUUUUGGGGUUUGUUUUUUAUUUAUUUUGUUGUUUUUUAACCCUUUCCUCUAGAGCACCUUUGCAAGGGUUUUGUAUGGUUGUGGGUUUUUUUCAUGAAAGUGUGAUGCUUCCAGCCUUUCUAUAAAUGAUGUUUUUAGCUUUAUUAGCAAGUGUUCCUUGUUCUGUAUGUAGAAAUACUUCCCUAUCAUUGAUUUCACUUUGUUGGGUUAGGGUUAGGGUUAGACGUUGGUUUAGUCUGCAUUUGAAAUACAUAACCCUUUGGAUUUGGAUUUCAAUAUAUAUACAUACAUAGGUGUGUAUAGUUUUAAUUUCCACCGUAAAUUGUCAGGGAUUAAAAAUCCUGAGAUUAUAUAUAUUGGAAUUGAAAGUAAUGGGAUCAUAAAAGGCAGGGGAGGGGAAAAGUGCAUCUGCAAGUGAUAAGGUAUUUCAGAAUAAUUUCUGUUGCCUUAGUGUAUGAAAAUGACUAUCACACCAUUCUCAUUGUUAACAAUUUGAUGUCAUAGUGCAUAUGCACAGUGCUUGCCAAUUCUGUCAAAGCACUGUUUCGUCAGAUAGGCUUGAUCUGAUUUUAUGAAGGACUAAAUUAUACUCUGGAAACCUAAUAUUAACAAUAUGGGAAGGCUCAAGAGACUGUGCAGCAAACAUCUGCAUUUGCAUACAGGUUAGGAAGUGUUUUUACUCUUACCAGUUGAGCACAGCAACUUCAUCAGCCUAUAUAUUGCUUAGCUGCUUCACUUUGUUGCUGAUCUGUAACUGACUUACUCCUGUUUGCUUCACUUUGUUGCUGAUCUGUAACUGACUGACUCCUGUUUGCUACUGGAAAUUGUGGUAUUAGCACAUGACUUGAACAGAAAAUUGAGAUUAUUUUCUACAUAUUUAUUUAUAGUUCUAUUAGGUAUUUAUCUGGUUAAAUGGAAAAUGUUAUGUAAAGGUUUAUGCAGAGUUAUCAAUCUGGAAUGUUAGUUUAAUUGUCUUUGAAUGGUAGAAGACUGCUUUGUAAUUUAAUAAUUGCAUAUUGUUAAGACUGUUGCUACAUUUGUGAUCAAAGACUCUUUACCACUGGUCUUAAAUGAUGAUGUAUUAUCAUGGUUUUUAACGUCAUAUGACAGCAUGUAUGGUUUGUGUUUUAGAUGUGACAUCCAAAUAGAAACAGUCCAAUCACAUCUGAAACUGUUUUAAGUGCUAUUUAUCACAUUGUAAAGAAGAAACAUGAUUUAUUCCUUCAUAUGUAAUAAACUAUA